CUCUGGUUGCUGUCAAGUGUCGAGCUUUCGUUUCUGAACAUUUGAAUAAAUAAAUUGCAAUGCAAAACUAUUUCUAGCUGAAUUAUCAUGACGGAAGUCCAAAAUGAAGCGCUACAAAGAGCGACGGGAGACAAGCUGAAAAAGUUCAAUAAAAUAAGGGGUAAAGAGGUGCAACCUGGGCAAUUCUGGGACUUGGUUGUUCUCACAGCUGUGGAUGAAGACCAGAAAUUUGCUUAUGAGCUUCAAAUCAAAGAGAAACUUGGCAGAAAAGAAUUACCCUUUGGUCUUCCUUAUCAUGUCUUUGCUGACCCCCCUGGCUCUAAAAUCGGCAAUGGAGGCUCAACCCUUUAUGCCCUUCAGCAUCUAGAGGAGAUGUAUGGCAAGGCCUUAUCGGCAUUUAGAGUGAUUCUGAUCCAUGCAGGUGGAUUCAGCCAGCGGUUGCCCAGUGCCAGUGCUCUGGGUAAGAUAUUCACAGCUGUGCCUUGCGGAGAACCGCUAUACCAGAUGCUGGAGCUGAAGCUGGCCAUGUACGUGGACUUCCCAGUCCACAUGAAGCCCGGCGUACUGGUGACGUGCGCCGAUGACAUCGAGCUCUACAGCAUCCCGGAGGGGGACAGCAUCCGCUUCGACAGUUCUGGUUUCACCGCUUUGGCGCACCCUUCCUCCCUGUCCAUUGGCACCACCCACGGGGUGUUUGUCUUGGAGUCGUCUACGAAAUUAGGAGAUUCCGAGAUGGAAUACACCACCUGCCAGCAGUUUCUGCACAAGCCGAGUGUCGAGAAAAUGCAGGGCGCGGGCGCGGUGUGCAGAAGGCCCGAAAGCUCCAAGGCUGCACUCGAGGAAGAGUUCGUUUACACGGACAGCACUUAUUACAUGGACCACGCCACGUCAGUGACCCUGUUGAACAUGCUAAAAGAAGUGCAGCCAUUGACCUGCGAGAUCGAUGCCUACGGUGACUUCCUCCAGGCUCUGGGGCCGGGCGCGUCUGUAGAGUACACCAGCAACACCUCCAACGUCACCAAGGAGGAGAGCGGCCUGGUAUCCAUCCGACAGAAAAUAUUCAACCGCCUGAAGGGCACCCCUCUCAACGUCAUACUGCUCAACAACUCCAAGUUCUACCACAUCGGCACCACGGAGGAGUACCUCUUUCACCUGACGCAGGACGCGUUUCUCAGCCGGGAACUAGGCCUCCUGCCCAACGCCUUCAGUGUAUGUGACCUUAAAGCCCAGGAGCCCCCAGUGGCUUGUGUCAUGCACAGUGUCUUGCAUGCCAGCACGGUUGUGUCUCCAGGGUCAGUGGUGGAGUACUCUAGACUGUGCGCUGGAGUGACCGUGGGUGAGGGGUCCAUCGUUAGCGGCUGCUGGGUCGACGCAUGGCUGUCGGUCCCAAGCCAGACCUUCUUGCACUGCCUGUCCGUCACCCGCAACGGGCGCACCAAAUUCGUGACUGUGGCUUUCGGCAUAAAGGACGACCUCAAGCGCAGCGUGGCGAGCCCCGCGGACGCCUCGGCCCUGCGGUACUUUGCGCACGGCCUGGCGGAGUGCGCCGAGCGCUGGGGACUGCCUCCGGAGGGGGGCCUGCGCUUCUCUGGGGACCAGGCGGCGUGCAGCCUGUGGAAUGCCCGCCUCUUCCCGCUGUGUCCCGACCCGAGGAGUUCAGUGACCGCGACCCUGCAGAUGGUCGGAGCGCUGCGGGAAGGCUCCGCGGUCACGCCACCGCUCAAAGACCCCAGGCGCCUCUCGCUACAGGAGGCCCUGCUAAACAAAAACUUGGCAGAUAUGCUGAGGUUCAGAAAGGGACUCUUUGAGGACAUUCUGAAGGAGAAGUGACAUUCAGACAUUGUGCAUUUUACAUAAUCAUCAUUAUGCAACACAUUGUUUACAAAAUAUUCAAUAGGUGGCUUGGAAGAGCAUGCACAUUUUUUUUAGGGAAAUAAUAAAAAAUGGCCCCUGAAAAAAUAUAUUUUUUUAUUUUGCAAAAGUUUCUGUCCAAAGUGACUUACUUACAAGGGGCACUGUAUGUGUAUGUGUCAUUGAGGAUUUUGUAUUAGAUUGUGUGAAAUCAUGAAAUGGCACUAUGGAAGGUUUUAUUAUGAGCACGUUUUUUCUUGAUUUAUGCAUUGAAUGAUCAUGGGAAGAAAAUCAAAUAAAUCAUAUGCAGUGAUCAC